AAAAAAUGGACGGUCAAAAAUGGAGUUUGGGUUUCAUAUCUCUAGCAUUUCUCUUCAUCACUUGCUCUUCUGCUGAGUUCCUCAUUCAACAGGUCAUAGGAGGCAGAGAAACAGAGAUCAACAGUUCUUACAGUCUUGAAGCUAAUCUUGGAGUGACAAGAGUGUUGAGAGACGAGCGACCAUCAAGUAAGAUUGUGACAAUAGCAGGCUACUCCGUGAUUAAGGGGAGAGGCGAACCAUACGAAUCCUCUGUUUUUGAAGCUGUUGGUUACAAAUGGAGAUUGGUUUUGUACGUGACUGGUAAUCCAAACGACGGUGGAAAUGGCUAUAUUUCACUUUACGUGAGGAUGGAAGAGACCGAAUCACUUCCAUAUGGUUGGGAAGUCAACGUUGAUCUCAAACUCUUUGUCCACAAUCCGAAACAACACAAGUACUUAGGUGUCACAGAUGGAACAGUGAAGCGAUUCGACUCAGCUAAAAAAGAGUGGGGAUUCGGACAGUUGAUUGCUCUUUCAACAUUGGAAAACACCAACGAAGGGUACAUUGUGCAGGACACUUGUUCUUUUGGUGCUGAGAUCCUCAUCGUUAAACCGGCCGAGCUACAAGAGAAAGUCACGUUCAUAUCAAACCCACCAAACAAUGUUUUCACUUGGAAGAUUCUUCGUUUCUCCACUUUGGAAGAUAAAUUCUACUAUUCUGAUGAUUUUCUCGUCGGAGACCGUUACUGGAGACUAGGCUUUAACCCGAAAGGGGAUGGAGGAGGCAGGCCACAUGCACUUCCAAUCUUCUUAUAUGCUCAAGGCUUUAAGCCUAACGCAGUUGCUACAAACACUUGGGGUGCGGUUAAUCUGCGCUUAAAGAACCAACGUACCUCCAACCACAGACAAAUAUAUUCUGCGGCUUGGUAUCCGAUUCGAAGCGGUUAUGGUGUUGGAGUGAACAAUAUCAUAUUGUUGGCAGAUUUAAAGGAUACGUCGAAAGGGUAUUUGGUGAAUGAUGCAAUUGUCUUUGAAGCUGAAAUGGUUAAGGUCUCUGUGACCAACAUCGUACCCGCUUAGUGAUCUCUCUACUUGUUUGUCAUCAAUCAAACAAGGGUACCCAUCAAACAACCAUAUAAAUAUGGGGACGUUUAAUGUAUUUGUAAUAAGAUGAAUGAAGUUGUUGAUCCUUAUGAUGUAAUCGUCAUUUCUGUUCUAUGAGUUUGUUUUCUGCUUUGUUAUCAAUGAAAUAAAACUCUGUUGGUUUUAACUUUUCUGAA